GAGAUCCCAGGAGCUGCUUCUGUGCGCACAACUCCCUCGGAUCGGAGAUUCAAUCACAUGGAGAAGAGAGGCUCGGCAAAAGCUGGAAGUAAAAGGCACCAAUGCAUCCAGUGUCGAUACAGCACAGAUCGUAUGGAUAACUUGAAGAGACAUCAGAGAAAACAUUCAGGUGAGAAUCCUUUCAAGUGCACUGUCUGUGGGAAGGAGUUUAUAUUAUCAGGAAACUUAAAGAGGCAUGAGAAUAUCCACAAGGAGAAAGUGAAAUCGACUUGUGAAAGUCAACAUGCUGCAAUGACCCCAUCUCUCAUGAAACAAGAAUCAGAAGAAAAUUCCAACUUGGCAACACGGCCAGGAGUGACAGUGAAAUGUGAAGAAGUGAAAUGUGAAGAAGUGACGGUGAAAUGUGAAGAUCAAGAUUUGAUUCUAGGAGCCAAUCUACAAGUGGAUGGAGGCAGCAUGAAGCAGGAGGAGCAUUGCGAUUCUGAGGGAGAGCGAAUCAAUCACAUAGAGAAGAGAGGCUCGGCAAAGGCUGGAAGUAAAAGGCACCAAUGCAUCCAUUGUCCAUACAGCACAGAUCAGAUGGGUAACUUGAAGAGACAUCAGAGAAAACACACUGGCGAGAAGCCCUUCAAGUGCAGUGUAUGUGGUAAGGCAUUUGCAGAGUCAACAUAUCUUAAGAAACAUAAUAGAAUACACACGGGCGAGAAGCCCUUCAAGUGCACUGUGUGUAGCAAGGCAUUUGCUCGAUCAGAAACUCUUCAUAUUCAUCAGAGAACACACACCGGUGAGAAGCCCUUCAAGUGCACUGUGUGUGGGAAGGCAUUUGCUCAUUCAGACAUUCUUCAUGUUCAUCAGCGAACACACACAGGUGAGAAGCCCUUCAAGUGCACUGUGUGUGGGAAGGCAUUUGCUCAACCAUUAACUCUUCAUAUUCAUCAGAGAACACACACCGGUGAAAGGCCCUUCAAGUGCACUGUGUGUGGGAAGUCAUUUGCUCAAUCAAAAACUCUUAAAAUUCAUCAGAGAACUCACACAGGCGAGAAGCCCUUCAAGUGCAGUGUAUGUGGUAAGGCAUUUGUAGAGUCAGCACAUCUUAAGAAACAUAAUAGAACACACACGGGCGAGAAACCCUUCAAAUGCACUGUGUGUGGCAAGACAUUUGCUCGUUCAGAAACUCUUCAUAUUCAUCAGAGAACACACACUGGCGAGAAGCCCUUCAAGUGCACUGUGUGUGGGAAGGCAUUUGCUCAUUCAGACAUUCUUAAUGUUCAUCAGCGAACACACACCGGUGAGAAGCCCUACAAGUGCACUGUGUGCGGGAAGGCAUUUACUCAACCAUUAACUCUUCACAUUCAUCAGAGAACACACACCGGUGAAAAGCCCUUCAAGUGCACUGUGUGUGGGAAGUCAUUUUCUCAAUCAAAAACUCUUAAAAUUCAUCAGAGAACACACACAGGCGAGAAGCCCUUCAAGUGCAGUGUAUGUGGUAAGGCAUUUACAGAGUUAGCACAUCUUAAGAAACAUAAUAGAACACAUACGGGCGAGAAGCCCUUCAAGUGCACUGUAUGUAGCAAGACAUUUGCUCGUUCAGAAACUCUUCAUAUUCAUCAGAGAACACACACCGGUGAGAAGCCCUUCAAGUGCACUGUGUGUGGGAAGGCAUUUGCUCAACCAUUAACUCUUCACAUUCAUCAGAGAACACACACCGGUGAGAAGCCCUUCAAGUGCACUGUAUGUGGGAAGUCAUUUGCUCAUUCAAAAACUUUUAAAAUUCAUCAGAGAACACACACAGGCGAGAAGCCCUUCAAGUGCAGUGUAUGUGGUAAGGCAUUUGCAGAGUCAGCAUAUCUUAAGAAACAUAAUAGAACACACACGGGUGAGAAGCCCUUCAAGUGCACUAUGUGUGGGAAGGCAUUUGCUCUUUCAAAAACGCUUCAUGUUCAUCAGAGAACACACCAAGUUCAUAAGUCCUACAAGUGCAUGGUGUGUGGGAAGGUAUUAGCUCAUUCAAUGUCUCUUAAACAUAAGACAACACAUCCAGGUGAGAAUCCUUUCAAGUGCACUGUCUGUGUAAAGGAGUUUACAUUAUCAGGAAACCUAAAGAGACAUAAUAUCUACAAGGAGAAAGUGAAAUCGACUUGUGAAAGUCAACAUGCUGCAAUGAGCCCAUCUCUCAUGAAACGAGAAUCGGAAGAAAAUUCCAACUUGGCAACACGGCCAGGAGUGGAAGUGAAAUGUGAAGAAGUGGCGGUGAAAUGUGAAGAUCAAGAUUCGACUCCAUUACCCAAUCUACAAGGGAAUGGAGGCAGCGUGAAGCAGGAGGAACAUUCCGAUUCUGAGGGAGAGCAAGGCAAUCCCCAACAGUUUGUGGAUGUCGAGGUGUGGGUGGAGUUUUUGGACAAAGCUGAGUAGGAGGGGCCAGCACAUGUGAAAUGGCAUCUGGGAAGAUGUGUAACCAGGAGUUUUAGACAGAUUUUCCAAAGCAUUCGCCUUAUUCACAGGCUUCUGUCAUAAAAAAAAUGCAUAUGGGUGUCGGUGUCAUCCAAUCAGAGAUGAGCUUUAUGUAUAUAUGAAGUAAUUGAGUGUCAAAGUGAAAUACAGGCAGUCCCCCAGUUACAGAAAGGUUGGGUUACCAAAGGGUUAGGUUCCAGAGAUCCUCAACCCAAAUUUCCGUAUGUUAGAAACUGAACAGUUUUCUCCCAAAAUAGCGAUAAAAUCCCAUAGCCAGAAAUAUAGUAGCCAGAAGGUUUGCAGAGCACCUUGGUCUCGGGAAAAAACAAUAUCAUGAGAGCCCACAGCAUUAUAGCAAUGGUCAGCAACGGCGGAGGAAUUAAUUCUGCCGUGUUUCAGAUUUGACUUCUUCACAUUUCACUGUCACUAGUUCGUUUUUUCUCAGUACUGUAUCGCGAUGUCAUCCGUUUUCUAACGCACCUGUAUCGUAUCGCUGUAUAUACGCUCUGCACCUCCUAUGGUUCUUUCACUUAAUAGAAUAUCGACCUUAUCCAUAAUUAAACUAAUGGAAAAUAUACUGUAUAUAAUUGUUCAUACCACUAUACAAUUUUAUAUUUAUUGCUAUCAGAAACCAGUCUUUCCGAAUGUUCGUUUACCGUGCAUUACACUAGGCCUAGACCUCCGAUCGCUGUUGGCUGAGACCAUAAAGAAUUGAAGUGUAAUUGUGUUAAAUAAAGUACAUACAGUAAAUUACUCAUGAAAUAAACUUAAACUGUAAAAAACUACAGGACGAUGUGGCGGGUAUACACAUGGUAACAAUUACGAAAUUGCUUAACUUCGUAUUUAUUAAAGUGCAUUUGAAAAUAAAUCGUAAAAAUAGGUUAGGAGCAUCCAGAAAAGCUUGGCCACACUAGGCAACCACUUUAAUAGCAAUGUCCAAAAGUUACAAUUUAUACUUCAUCAUAAAUUACUUAACUUUCAAAAUAGGCUCGUAAUGUAUGCUUUAAUAACUAAAGUCCCCCGGUUGCAGAAGGACUUGACUUACGAAAAUCCGAUUUUACGGAAAUACUUUAAUGCAGCGUGGUAAGAUUUCGGAAGCAUAAGGCCUUACGCAUCACUCUACCCAAACGCCGCAUGCAUCGAGCACGUGCUUCACUAGGUUAAGGUAAAUGGAUUUUGUUUGAGUGUUACGUAAUUAUUACUAGCUGUACUACCCGGCUUCGCCCGGGACUUGUAUCCACCACGGCCGGCCGCCUUUGUCUCCCCAGUGGCGAUGUUAAUACGCCACAGCAGUUACUCGUUUGAGGCAGAGUCGACCUAGGGGAGGUUCAAAUAAUGGUGACCGGUGGUGGCCGUGAGCGGGAAUCGAACUGGGUUCGCCGGGUUGGUAGCGCAGCGUAGCGUUAAGCACUACACCCACCGAUCCUCACACACCACACACGCACAGACACACACACAGACACACACACAGACAUACGCAGAGACACACAGACAGACACACACACACAGACACACAGACAGCACGCUAAGCAGUACACUACCGCUCCCCACACACCACACACGCACACACACAGACACACACACACACAGACACACAGACACAGACAGCACGCUAAGCACUACACUACCGUUCCCCCUACACAACACACGCGCGCGCGUCCAUAGGUACACAUACACGCGCUUGCUGCAGACACACACGACUUUCAGGGAGCAGCAAUGCUGCGCAAGGAACGCCUUAGACCUGCAACACAUUUGUGUAAUGCGAGCGUAAACACACAAACACAUACAAACACAUACACAAUACACACACACAUACAUGCAGACACACAGACACACACAUAACACACAUACAUACACAGACAUACAUACACAGAAACACAUACACACAUACAUAGACACACACAUACAUACACACAAACACAUGCACACGCGUACAUACACACAUACAUACAGACACGCAGACAUACACAUAAAGACAUACAAAAAAACGCACAUACAUACACACACACAUACACACAAACACAUACACACACAUACAUACACACAUACAUACAGACACACAGACAUACACAUAAACACAUACACACAUAGACAUGACCCGGCUUCGCCCGGGACUUGGAUCCACGAUGCCCGGCCGCCUUUGUCUCCCCAGUGACGAUGUUCACACACGACAGCAGUUACGCGUUUGAGGCUGAGUCGACCUAGGGGAGGCCCAGGUCCGUUUCAAAUAAUCGUCAGCGGUGGUGGGCGUGAGUUGGAAUCGAACUGGGGGCGCUCAACCAGCUUAAUGACUAUUUGUACAAAGAACAUAUAAAGAAUCGAUUAUAAUAAGCAGGCAACAGUCCACAUUAUAGACUGCCAGUACACGCACUCAGCUUCAUAAGCAGGCUAGAGUGUACAUGAUAGAGUGGCAGUACGCUCACCGAGCUUAAUAAGCAGGCUACAGUCUACAUGAUAGACUGGCAGUACGCUGACCCAGCUUAAUGACUAUUUGUACAGUGAACAUUUAAGUAAUCGAUUGUUGGCGCGUUGGGUUUAAAAGUAAUAUUAAUUGCACACAUUGUGGUGGGGGUGGAGUGAAGAGUACGAAAAACUUUGAUGAAUUUACCUCAGAGUGGCGUGGUGGGUGUUGAGGCCUAGUAGCGUGCAGAGCCUGCGGCCUCGCCAAAAUUGGGCACUUGGCGGAGGCAGGGUACGGGUGGCGUUCCUUCCCCCCCCCCUCAGCGCUCCAACAAUAUUGUGUAAUGGCUAUUAUUUAAUUAAUUACGGAGCCUAUGAAAGUGGCGAAGGCGUGGCUAGCCGUUGGCAGGGGCAACCGCCGUCCAAUGAAAGUGCAGCCCUUAGCGAAGGCGUCGCUAGCCGUUGCCAGGUCCAAUGAAAGCGGCGAAGGCGUCGCUAGCCGUUGGCAGGGGCAACCGGCGUCCAAUGAAAGUGCGUAUGGUCCGGAGACACACAGACACACAGACAGACAGAUAGACAGACAGAUUCGCGAUUUUAUAUAUAUAGAUUAUUUUUUCCUUGUGUAGCAUUACGUAAUUGUUUUCUAUGCUUAGAACUAUAUUUUUCCCCAUGUUUCUAUUGCUAGUUUUGUUUAUUUUACGUUUAUUUCAUGAGUUAUUUACCAGCGAAACGUCAUACUCAAAUUGUAAAUGUUGUGGAUUUAGUUUUACACGUAGGCUUUUGCAACCAUUAUCCAUAGUAGAGGUUUUUGAGUUAGAUCGCGUAAAUAUAUAAAUGUGUCGUUAAAACCCGACACCACCCGACACAGCCAACAAGUGUAUACUCUUUGGUUCUUUCGGUAAAGUUACGUAGGUGAAAAAUAAAAAAUAAAAGUAAAUUAAACCAGGAAUGGUUUGAGAAGAAACUUGAUGACUCUUUGGGACACUCUACAGGAAAGCUACCCACACAGAUUCCUAUCUGAAACCUGAAUCCCACCACCAUCCGGCACAAAAGAAUUCCCUCAUCAAAACACUGCACGAUAGGGCCCACUGCAUUUCUGACCAACACCACCUAGCCAGUGAACUGGAACACGUACACCAGACCCUUAAGAUGAUGGAUACUCGGACCGCAUUAUCCGAAAAGCGGUUUCUCCAACCAUGGAGAAACAAUUCCCUGAGACGCCGAUCAAAACCAUCACGUUACCAUACAUAGCAGACGUUACCAAAAAGAUUGCCAAAAUCUUAAACAAACACAAGAUCCAGGUCCGAUUCAGUACAGUACACAAAAUCCGUGAUCUAAUCCCAUCUGUAAAGGAUGCCAUUCCUGACUUGAAAUACCCUGGUGUCUACAAACUAAGUUGCAUCUGUGGUGAUUGUUACAUUGGGGAAACGAAACGUCAUGUCUCUGACCGUGUCCGCGAGCACAAGUCAAAUCUGAAACACGGCAGAAUUAAUUCCUCCGCCGUUGCUGACCAUUGCUAUAAUGCUGUGGGCUCUCAUGAUAUUGUUUUUUCCCGAGACCAAGGUACUCUGCAAACCUUCUGGCUACUAUCAAAGGUGUGUUCAUGAAGCCAUCCAGAUAUAUAAACAUAGACAUAACUUCAACCGAGAAGAUGGAUACAAAUUGAGCUGCUUUAUAUUUUGCUUUCCUAUCUGCAUCUCCAGUUUCUUACGUCUAGCCCUGCUUACUCCCAUCACUUGGAAAUUUACCGUACAUUUCGAGCAUGCUGCUUUCCACUCCCCUCUGAUCCACGCCCUGCCCUCACACUCUCUAUCAUUGGCUCCUCCCCCUCCCUCAUCUAUAUAAUCCCUUGUUAAAAGCAGCUCUUUUGCCUACUUCAACAAUUGUUUCUUGCUGUGGUUGUCCGCACCUGAUGACAGACGCUUGUGUUGCGCCCGAAACGUGAUUUAAUUUACUUUUAUUUUUUCACUUAUGUGACUUUACCGAAAGAACCAGAGUAUGGAUCCUUGCAGUCAUGAAAACUUCAAACCUAGAACAAGAGUAUAGUAAGUGUUGUCACAUAAACAGAACAUGCCAAUUCGUCACUAGUCCAGCGCACCGGUUGUGGCACACCGGUUAGUGCUGUACUAGUGACGAAUUGGCAUGUUCUGUUUACGUGACAACCCUUACGAGUUGGCUGUCGGGUGGUGGAGGUUUACGACGAAUUUAUACUUACACGGCCUAACCCAAAACUAUUAUGAGUUAUUUACUUAUGUACUUUGUAAUACAAUUGCACUUCAAUUGCUUUUGGUCUCGGCAAACAGCGAUAGUAGAAGUCUAUGCCGAGCCUCAUGCACAGUAAACGACCAUUCGGAAGUGACUGGUUUCUAUUAACAAUUCAUAUUUAAAGUUUCCUGGUGUUCCUAAACAAUUGGAUACAGUAUGUUAUAUUAGUUAAAUUUUUGGUAGUGUUGAGGUAGAUAUUCGAUGAAAUUAUAAAAUCGUAGAAAGUGCAGAGGGUACAUAUGCGGCCAUCACCAGUGAUGAUUAUCCUUUUUUUCAACGGUUUUACUUAACUUGAAAGCUGUGUCAUGGUCAAAUCUUGUAAUCUACAUUUCGUCCACUUCCCGUUGUCCCAUCAAUCCCUAUGUUUGCACACGUACUGAGUUCUGGUGACAAUGCAUGCCUGUAUCAAAAUCGCCAUAAGUCAAUCUAUUAAUUGGCUGCUUUAAAGCAAUUAACACUUUGUAUGGACACAUUAUUUAUAUAGAUAUUUGUGUAGGUCAAAAAUGCCGCGGUCCCUACACUCUAGAAUCGUCUCGCCCAAGAAGCAGGCGCCACGUGUCUCAGGCAGAUUCAUUUUUAAAAUAAUACAUUUAAUCAGGCAAGCGCUGAUGUGGCAGCAGGCGCCGCAUCACUGACGUACUUCGACGGUGAGUUAAACGAAAUUGUGAAAAAAAAUUCAACUUCAUUCCUCUGUUUGCAUGUCGUCAAAUCUUGUAAUAAAACUGUUGUCCUGUUCACCUUGUCAAAUCGAGUUAUUAAACUUCAUUCCUCUGUAUGCCGUGGUCUAAUCUUGUAAUCAAUUGUCGUCCAGUUCAUGUUGUCCAAUCGAUCCCAACUUUAGCACACAUACUCAGAUCCAGAUACAAUGCAUGCCUGAUUCAAAAUCGGCAUCAAUUAAUCAAUUGCCUCGUUUAAAGCAAGUGAUAUUUUGUAUGCAAGCCUUAUUCGACGAGUGUUUUGCGAACAGGUUUUCUGAAAACAAUAUAUUAAUACCAACCUAGGAGUCGAGAGUUGUUUGUAUGUCGUGGUCAAAUAAUCUAAUCAAAAUAUCGUCCAGUUCCGGUUGUCCAAUCGAUCCCAAAUUUUGCACACUCAUAUCCAGAGGCAAUGCAUGCCUGCAUCAACAUCGCAAUCAAUUAAUCAAUAGCUUGGCUCGUUUAAACCAAUUAAUAUUUUGUAUGGAAGCCUUAUUCGACAAGUGCUUUGCGAACACGUUUUGUGAAAAAUAUGUUAAUACCAACGUAGGAGUCGAGAGUUCGAAACUCGCCUAGAACAUUUUCUUAGUACUAUUGUGUGUUUCCUUAUUUAAGGUCAACAGUAACAUUCAAUGCUUUGGUGUCUUUACAAAAGUUUA